CUGAGCAUGUUCGCGCCCAGCCGGCCCCGGGCCGCAACCGCAGCGAAGGCAGCCACCCGAGCUGCCGCGCAUUAUGCAAAGCCGCAGCAGAUGUCAGCGGGGCCAGCCUGGUGCUUGUUGGCUUCUUCUCCCAGCGGCUCGCCCAGCUGCCUGACGUGUCCUGGAGACUCCCCUGGCCCGGGCCAGGGGCUGAGGAGGGCCGAGAUGGCCUGAGUACCCGAGGUACAGCAGCGCAGCGCAGGAUUGCAACAUGGGGAACCAGGAUGGGAAGCUGAAGAGGAGCGCAGGUGAUGCCUUACAUGAAGGCGGUGGCUACGGCGCCGAAGAUGCUGUGGGGCCCAGGGAUGUGGAAGCCACAAAGAAGGGGAGCGGGAGCAAGAAGGCGCUGGGCAAACACAGCAAGGGGGGAGGGGGUAGCGGCGGGGAACCCGGCAAAAAGAAGAGCAAGUCCGACUCCAGAGCCUCGGUGUUUUCCAACCUGCGGAUUAGGAAGAACCUCUCCAAGGGGAAAGGUUCUGGCGGCUCCCGCGAGGAUGUGCUGGACUCCCAGGCCCUACAGACCGGGGAGCUGGACAGCGCUCAUUCCCUGGUCACCAAGACCCCGGACCUUAGCCUGUCCGCUGAUGAGACGGGCCUGUCGGAUACCGAGUGUGCGGACCCUUUUGAGAUUACCCGUCCUGGUGGUCCUAGGCCUGCCGAAGCUGGGUUAGGGGUCCAGGCGGUCGCCGAGGAUUUGGAAAUUGUGGUAGGGGCGCAGGAUGGACAAAGGACCAGUUCGGGCUCAGACACGGACAUCUAUAGCUUCCAUUCGGCUGCGGAGCAAGAGGAUUUGCUCUCAGACAUCCAGCAGGCGAUUCGCCUGCAGCAGCAACAGCAGCAGCAGCAGCUCCAGGACUCUGAGGAGCCUGCAGCGCCCCCCGCUGCCGCCUUCCCUCAGCCCGGGGCCUUCCUGGGCCUCCACGGUUUUCUGCUGGGACCGAGCGGAGGAGCAGGGGAGGCCCGGGGCAGUCCGGACACAGAGCAGGCACUGUCCGCCUUCUCCGACCUUCCUGAAAGCCAGACCACCAAGUCCCGGGAGCCCGAGCAGCCGCCGUCCCCCAAGGGCCUCCUCGCCUCGGAGGCGCCCAGCUUACCGCCGGCCCAGUCGCCAGCCGCAGACUCGCCUUCCUCCACAGCCUUCCCAUUUUCCGAGGCCGGGCCGGAGGAGGGCGCAGUCCCAGCCUCAGUGAGAGAAGCUGAGGACACGGAUGAGGAAGCGGAGGAGGAUGCUUUUGAGGAUGCUCCCCGAGGCUCUCCAGGGGAAGAGUGGAGCGCAGAGGUGGGAGAGGUCACGCAGAGUCUGGGUGAAGAGCCUGAGGAGGAGACGCAAGGGCCCAGUGUCCCCGCAGCAGCCACCUCCCUGCCCGGCAGCCCGGCGCCCAGCCCGCGCUGCUUCAAGCCCUACCCACUCAUUACCCCCUGCUACAUCAAGACCACCACCCGUCAGCUCAGCUCACCCAAUCACUCUCCGUCUCAGUCCCCCAGCCAGAGCCCCAGGAUUAAGAGGCGACUGGAGUCCUCUUUGAGCCGGGGCCCCAGAACCGCCCUGGUCUCAGCAGUCGCCCCAGCCAAGAAGCACCGGACCGAAGGCAGCCUAGCCGGAGGCCUCAGCCGCUCAGCCGACUGGACCCAGGAGCUGGGUGCUGGCGUCCCAGGGACCGGAGGCUCCGCGCACCUGCUGGAGCACCGCGCAGCUGCAAACAGUAGCGGUGGCCUUUCCCCGGCUUUGGCAGCCAAGGCGUCUGGAGCGCCCGGGACUGCGGAUGGCUUCCAGAACGUGUUCACAGGGCGAACUCUGUUGGAGAAGCUGUUCAGCCAGCAGGAGAAGAAGCAGAGAAAUUUUGCUCACGGAUCAUUGCCAUGGGUCUUCUACUUCCUUUUAGUGACUGCUUCAGGGAACCAUGUCAUCAGAAUGCCCAGUCAAGUUCUGCUCCAUUUGAUCAAGAUCAACUUUACACUUGGGCUGCAGUCAGUCAACCCACGCACUCACUGGAUUACACAGAAGGGCAGUUUCCCAGGCGAGCCCCAUCUAUGUGGCCACCAUCAAGACCUCCUGAUGAAGAACACAGCCCCAAGGAUGCAGAAACAGAGGAUGAUAGAGAUAUUGACUGCUUGCUUCCUUUCCAAUCCAGAAUCUCAAUCUGCUAUUUUGGAAACUCUGAAAAAAAGUUCAGAUGCUGCCCAGCAGCUGUUUACCUCUGCAAGCGAACAAUGCAAAAUAAAGCAAGACUAGAACUAGCAGAUUAUGAAGCUGAGAGCCUGGCCCGGUUGCAGAGAGCCUUUGCCCGGAAGUGGGAGUUCGUAUUUAUGCAAGCAGAAGCAUAAGCAAAGUGAGUCCUUAGUGGACAAGAAGAGAGACAAAAUUGAAAGGAAGAUUCUCGAUAGCCAAGAAAGAGCAUUCUGGGAUGUCCACAGACCUGUGCCUGGAUGUGUAAAUACUACUGAAGUGGACAUUAAGAAGUCAUCCAGAAUGAGAAACCCACACAAAACAAGGAAGUCUGUCUAUGGUUUACAAAAUGAUAUUAGAAGUCACAGUCCUACCCACACACCCACACCAGAAACUAAACCUCCAAAAGAAGAUGAGCUGCACCAACAGAUAAAAUAUUGGCAAAUACAGUUAGACAGACAUUGGUUAAAAAUGUCAAAAGUAGCUGAUAGUCUACUAAGUUAUACGGAACAGUAUGUAGAAUAUGACCCAUUUCUUGUGCCACCUGAUCCUUCUAAUCCAUGGCUGUCUGAUGAUACUACUUUCUGGGAACUUGAAGCAAGCAAAGAACCUAGCCAACAGAGGGUAAAACGAUGGGGUUUUGGCAUGGAUGAGGCAUUGAAAGACCCAGUUGGGAGAGAACAGUUCCUUAAAUUUCUUGAGUCAGAAUUCAGCUCAGAAAACUUAAGGAGAUUUAACAGAUACCAAUAACAAACUAUUCAGAAAUAGUAGAACAUUGACAGAUGUCUCUUGGAUGAAACAGAGUGACCAUGAACAGAAUCUGGAGGAGAUGAAUUUUCUAAGUGUGCUCGCCUGCACUUGUUGGGAAACACUUUCCUAUUCUCUUUCAAGUUCAUGGGAGACCUUUCUGGAGGGGCUUUUUUAAGACCUUCAAUUUAGCUACUGUAGUUUUAUUAGGCCUACUAAUAACACUUUGUAUAUCUAAGUCAUAUUACCAGUGAGUGAAGCAAGAAUACAUAAAAAAUAAAGAUAAAAGAAUUUGUUUUGGAAUAAUAGAGAAUGGGAUAGUGGACUCUGCUCUAAGUUUUUGAAAAAAUAAUGACAUUAUAAUUAUUUGUGAUGAGAAAAUAAGUAAUGAGUCUUACCUAGUCACAACACAAAAUAAUGGAUGUUUCGAUAGGAGAAGUACAAAAGAAUUAGACAUUGGCAAAGGCAUGCUGGGAGAAAUGACUUCCAGACUGGGAGCUGGUGGUAAGAAGAUAACUAAGCAAGAAAGGGAGGGGGCAGUUAUGGAGCAAAAACAGUAGUAUGUGAAUAUUCUACUUCACACCUGAAUUGAAUCACUUCCCAUUCCUUAGUUCAAUCAGUCUUAACCAUUUCAAUUCUAUGCCUACUGAUUUUUUCAUGCUAAUUGUAUAUAAAAAUGUAUUUAAUAUUUUUAUACAUGUAUACACACAUAUAUGCUCCCUGAGUAUCUACUAUAUACCUAUCAUGUUUUCUUUCUAAAUAUAGGUAAAUGAGUUAUAGAUCGAUAUAACCACAGGUAGAAUUUUGAACACCUGACAUAUACAAGAAUAUGUUUUAUAUCCACUACUUGUAUGAAUAAUGUUAUACUACAUUUGCCUUUAUUAUUUAUGAUCAUCACACUUCUAAUAAUCCCAACAAUGUAAGUAUUAUUGCCUCACUGUAGAGAGAAACAAAAUAUGUCUGAGCUCAGUUUACACCUUGUGCAAACUCAGAUUCCAUGUACGUGGCAUUCUUGUUUUUUUAAUAAACUAUUUCCGAGCUAGUAUCCACUUAUCCCCAAAUAUGAGCCCCACCCUGCUUCCACCUACUGUCUGAAUCACAUGCAAGGGAGACAAAACAGUUCACUUAGCCAAGGGGACUGUGAAUUAUAUGUAAGUAAAUUUUAGUACAUCUUAUCUAAGCCGCAGCAGCCUUCUAAGAACCUACUCUUCAUGGGAACAAGCCAGUCACGUGAGUUUUUACUUCAAAUAUUAGAACAGGAAAAAAUUGAAGAGAACCUACUUAUCCAUAACCACUUAUUAGUCAAAUACACCCUCUACUCCCUAAGGAUGUGUGUUUUGCUCCUUCCCUUUUCAGGCAAAGCAUAAAGAAAAUACUAAAUAAAUAAACAGCACGAAUUUGAUCAUUGAGGUCCUAAAAAUGUACCCAGCAUUUGUCAGUGGCCUUUACAUAAAUUUAUAUCAUUUAAUCCAAUGAAACUUCACUGAGAUGGGCAUUAUCAUUCUAUUUUAUUGAUGAAGAAAGCAAGACUUUUCUUAAAGACAUUAAAAGUUUCCUUAGAUUCCAGCUACUAUUAAAUUAAAAGAGUGGGAUUUUAAAUGAGCCUUUUCCAUUCUACUAAGCUAUUGAAACAAUUACAGCAAUGAUGAGGAUAAGGAAGGCAACGAUGCUCUUAGGGAGACAGUGGGAAGGAGUGGUUAUGAGCCUGACAUCUGCUACAAAUUUUCCAGAAACAAAACCCCAAUUAUGCCACUAAUGGAGGACAAACUUAAAUAAUCUUAAUCUUCAUAUGCUCAGUUCGCCUCCUAACAUGAGGGAAAAUAAUAUCACCUAGUUUAUGGACUGUGGAGACUGACUGUAUAGAUAGAUUGAUAGGUAUAUGAUAGAUACCUAGUGUCUGUAUCCCCUUAUCAGUGUGUGUGCUACUAUUAACAUAUAUACACUUUGACAGUUUUUCCUUAUUUCCAGGCCCAUUUCAUUUCACAUGUCACUACAUCUCAAAUAGCUUUCUUAGACCCCCCACUUUACAACCAUGUGCUAGCCUUAUCACUGGGGCUUAUUGUUGGUUCAGCAUUCCAAGACUGUCCAGCAUGUACUCUUCCUAAGAGAUUCUCAUGUGCUUCCUGGGAUUCUGGUCUUUUUCAUGACUAGUUCUUUGAGGACCGAGACUUUCUUUUGAUUGAUGUCUUCAAAGCAUGCUAAAAUCAACUUAAAUGAGCAUCAGUUGCCACCCUCAUGCAGUCUCUGAUUGUACAUCAUAUUCCUAUUAGACUUCACAGUGUGUAAAUCUGUGUUUUAGAAAGAUAGUCUUGAUCCUUCCUUUCUGAGAGUAAUAAUGGCUGUUUCAUAUUUAAGGCUUUGUCCACAUUGGAUUAUCUACUAUUAUGUAUCUCUGUAACAAAACAAUAGCUGGAAAUAAAAACUGGAAAAUAAGUAGUCUGACUAGUGUUUGAUAUUCUAAUUGUAGUUCAAGUGACUUUUUACUGAUUUCUGGCCUUUCAUUAAUGCCCAUACUAAAAUUUAGUAGAGGAGAAGGUACUGCUUAUCACCUUGUGCUUCUCAUGACUCUGCAGCCUAAAUUUCCUCCACCACUGUAGUCAGAUUCUCCAUUUAAUGCUUACAUCUACCUGUAGAGUGAUAUUGUGCCUAUUGGGGAUACCAAGCUUCACAGUU